UGGCCACACCACGCAUAGCACUAAGCAUACGGUUGUUAUUUACUUCUAGUUCUACUUAAUCUGUGUUUUUACUGGAGAGAUUUUUUUUAUUAUUUAUGUUUAACGUUUCUGUUGAAUUGCUCUCGUUAAGUUUUUGUUGGGUGAUAAAAACCUUAAUUAUUUUUGCGGAAUCAUUAUUUAAAAGUUGUGUGUUUAUAAAAGUUUGUUAAAAGUGACUAUUAAUGUUUAGGAAUAGGUUAAAAUCCAUAAGGUUUAUUAAUACAAAAUAUAUACAUAUUUCUAAAAUGGCUAAGAGUUCUUUUGAGUAUGUAAAAAGCUAUGAACUUGACGAUACACUGUUACCAAACACUUGGAUUGUCGUAAGAAUUGAUGGUAAAUGUUUUCACAAAUUUUCCGAACAUCACAAUUUUACUAAACCUAAUGAUUUAAGAGCAUUGAAAUUAAUGAAUUAUGCUGCUUAUCAGGUGAUGAAAGAUACCCAUGAUAUUUGUGUUGCUUUUGGACAAAGUGAUGAAUAUUCAUUUAUAUUUAAUAAGAAUACUGCAUUUUAUAAAAGAAGGGGGGCAAAGCUGCUUACAACAAUCAACAGUAAAUUCUCUUCUUCUUAUGUUUUUUACUGGAGAAAAUUUUUUGGAGAUGAAAUCCUGCAAUAUCCUCCAUCUUUUGAUGGUAGAAUUGUAUUGUACCCAUCAGCAGAAAAUGUGAUUGACUACCUUAAAUGGAGACAGGCUGAUGUCCAUAUAAAUAAUCUGUAUAAUACUGCAUUUUGGGCACUUGUACUACAAGGAAAACUUAGUCCAGCCCAAGCUGAAAAGCGAUUAUGUGGAACAGUGUCAGCAGAUAAAAAUGAAAUUCUAUUCAAAGAGUUUAAUAUAAACUACAACAAAGAACAGGAAAUUUUUAAAAGAGGUACAAUAUUAUUAAAGCUUCAGGUGCAGUCAGAUAUAAUAAAAAAAAAAGUAACAGCUAUUACUGACAUUCAUGAAGAUAUGUUGAAAGAAAAUUUUUGGCUUAAAUAUGAAAACUUACUGGAACCAAAAUCAAAAAAAGUUGUACAUUAUAAUGGCCCUAUUACAGAUAUUCUAACUGAACAAAUAUUAAAUAGAGAUAAAUCAAAACCAUGUAAUUCAAUAAAGAUUUCAUGAAGUAUAA